GACCACUACGCAACCUUGAAGGUGCCGCGAGGCGCCAAGCCCGACGAGAUCAAACGAUCGUACCGGCGCGAGGCGCUGCGGUGGCACCCAGACAAGCACACUGGCGCCGCAGCAAAGUCGCAGGCGCAGCAGCGGUUCGAGAAGGUCAACGAGGCUUUCUCGGUGCUGUCGGACCCGCAGACGCGGCGGAGGUACAAC